AUGGCUAAGUCAACGGUUUGGGACCUCCGAAACGCCACUUCGGCCGAUGGCGUUGAUAAUCGGUGUCCGGCUCUGCAGCAUUUGAAUGUCAUCAUCGAGAUGAUACAGGAGCAUUAUCAGAAGCUGGUCAGCAGACUGGACAGCGAGCUUCGUGAGGCUGGUAGAAUGGGUUAUGACUUGAUCCAACAGUACGAAGCGAGAAUAAAGGCCGCCCAAGAAAAGGCAGAGGAGAAGGCCCAAGUGCACAACGCUGAGAUAGAAAAGCUUCAACGGGAAAGAGAUGAACAACAGAUGGAGAAUGCCAUCCUUCGUCGUGAAAAUGUGAAGCUGCAGAAGAGAAUCAAUGAUCUUGACCGUGAUCUCCGGGACGCUCAUGAGAGGGAAAAGAACUUGGACGACGAGCUCCGGUAUCUUCAGGGCAAAAUCAACGAACUGGAGAAGCAAACACAAGAAGUAAAGGAGUAUGAGCUGCGGAUUAUUGAACUGGAGCGUGAAAUCUCUGAAUACGACGAGAAGCUCCAAGAAUGUCGGAAGCAGCUUGAGGAUUCACGAAAAGCUGCUAGAGAUGCUAGAGAGCACCAUCAGUUAAAACAAAAGGAGCUCGACAGUGUUCAAGAGGAGCAUCGCAGAUUAAUCUCGGAGUACGAAAAACAGACUAUGAGUUUGAAGUGCCAAAUAUCUAUCAUGGAGAACAAGGUUAAACGACAAGAGGAGGAUAAGAAGCUCGAGGAUCACUACGGUACUAACACCUUGUUUGCUGAGGUAUGUGCCUUAAGGGCCGCAUACGUUGAGCUCCAGCAGAAAAAUGAAGAGUAUCGCGCCGAGUUGGAAUACCUCCGGGAGGAAAAUGUUCUCUUUCCAUUUGGGAAUAGCUAUUGGCCGAGGGCAGCUCGGACUUUGCAAGCUGAGCUUGAAGGAACUGACUGUCCUAUCUCACCUAUCCAAGGUCAGGAGACCACCGUCAACUCCCAUCUGAUAAAUUUCCCUUCAGGUACGGAGAAGGCAAGGUUUGCUCUGCCUUCUCUGCUCACAUGCACUUCCGCACACCCAACAACCCCGAGGACUUCGCUUAUCCAUGCUCAUCGAGCAGCUUUUGACCGCACUUUCACGGCCACGACGCCUAGAGAAAAGUUUGGAUUCCGCAAUCCCGCCCGUUGGUCCGUACAAUCGACUUCUCAGUCAACCUUCGCAUCCUCCUCGGCUCCUACUUCACCUUCAAACCAUCGAACGUCUGUUUUCAGCCCCGCUGACGAUUUGUCCUCCCCGAUUACUUUGAUGAGUACAACUGAGCCGACCUCACCUGGAUGGAAAACCAUGCCGCAUAAAAGAAACCCUUCCCAACUUUCGGUUUACAGCAUCACGGGGAGAUCAGUGUUUUCUCCAGAUAGGAAGGCACGGGCAUCCACGCACCAUGUUGUCGAUGAAAAUUUGUCUAUAAGGGAAGAUUAUAUGACGAGAUACACUACCGAUGGCCCCUUGAGCCAAUUUUGCGAUACGAUUUUGGAAGCAGAAAAUCCUGAGCACACGGAGUCGAGCUCAACUGCUCUCAUCCACGGCAACGUCGCGCAGCAACAUGGCCGCCGUCUCCGCAGGCGUGUUUCCCACGAAUCAGUUAUUCAACUUUCCAAUGGAAUGGACGUCCAUACACUAAAAUGCAGGCCCAGUCAGCUCGUAUUAAGACAAUUCGGACUUCCUGUUCCUGCCGCUGCUAGCCCAAAUAUCAGCGUGGUCACUGCCCAUCCUACUCUUCUCAGAGGCCCUGUAUCAGGGGGUAAGAGGGGCAGUGUCAUCCUCCGCGAUACCAUUCGAGGGAGGAGCACCAACCAAAGGGCUGUCACAACUGCAUUAGAAGAGCGAAGCGCAGAGAGGGAUCAGGAUUCAAGAAAGUCGAAAGGCCCCCUCGGAUUGGGCAAGCUGGUGUCGUGGAUGCCCUGGGGCAACAACUCGAACAAAGAGUCAGGCCCACACUCUGUUGCUCUUUCAAACGCCAGCGCCGCUGGUGCAUCCCCCUCCGCAAGUCCCCGCUCGUCUCCUGCCGAUAAUACUGCCAGUUCGACAAUCCUCGCCCUCUCGGUGCCGAACAAUGACACCGCCGAACCGAGCUCCUCCACGACCCCCAAUAUCACCGCCCAACCAAGCCUCUCCUCUAGCCUGACCUCCCUCUCGGCACUCUCCGCAGCAACCUCAAUCUCUCACACCUCGGCCCCGACGCCAUCCAAGCGGGAUCCUGUUGCCGCGCAUGCUGCAGCCAUGAAGGCCAUGUUCCGUGCUCCAGGUGUCAACCAACCUGGCAUAGUACCCGGGUUUGAGACGAAAAAGAAGCUGCGCGGGGCACCGAGUAAGGUUUUCGUGGAAGAGCAGAUCGUUGGGAGCGUAAGGGAGGCGAUGAGGGAGGUUUUGGAAGAGGUUGGGGAGUAA